AUGGAGGGUUUGAGGAGAGUGGGUUUGGUGUCGCUGAUAAUGAUGGCGGGGAUGCUAACGUGCGCAGUUUGCCGAUCACCAGUGCUUCACAAGGUCGGAGGAAAGCAAGGUUGGACACCGAACAUCAACUACACGAACUGGUCCAUUCAAGAGCGAUUCUACGUUGGCGAUUGGCUCUAUUUUGGAUUCGACAAGCACUACUACAAUGUGUUGGAGGUGAACAAAACAUGCUAUGAACAAUGCAAUGACCGAAACUUCAUAAAGAACAUCACUAGGGGUGGGCGAGAUGUUUUUAAUCUCACAGAGGCCAGGCCGUUUUACUUUCUCAGUAGCGGAGGCUACUGCUAUCACGGAAUGAAACUGGCCGUCAACGUUGUAGAAUUCGUACCAUCUCCGGUACCUUCUCCCGCUGAAGAUGAUUCUUCUACAAACACCGGCAGCCGGAUUACUCUUCUCAACAUUCAUGCAGUUGCUUCAAUAUUGGCCAUACUCUUCCAACUGUUUUAG